CCACUACCAGACCAGCAAAUUGGGGUUACAAUCUGAUUGUCUCCAAGCACCCUGGUUGCGCCACGUGUUGCGAUCAUGUUUAGUACACGCGGCCACCGAGUUGCAUCGGAUGCUCCAGCUAGUCUCUGCCUCGGAGACUCCGCAUCAUAGAUGAUUCAUGCUCCCUCCCUCCGAGUUUCGACGCAAUGCGUUGCGACACCACGCGUUGUAGCUGCUACCGCAAUGCUUGAUGCGACCGAUGACUCGCCACAUUCCCGAAGGAAUCGCUCGCGAAUCGGCAUGUAAACUGAGUCGCUACUGCAUGUGGAGUGAAAGCCUUAAGGGCGAGAGAACAAACUGAUGGGCGUGUUGGUUCGAGUAGCGACGUACACGAGGCAUCAUGAUGUCUCUCUCGCGCCCAUGUGUCGUGUGUGCUCCUUGCGCCGACGCCACGGUGCCGUCGUUCAACACUGCAAGGUGGGCUGGUGCGAUGCGAAGGCGAACAGCGGCCGAAAGAGAAGGCGAAACGGAGCAGCUGGCGGGUAGCGGAACGCAAAAAGUCUCUUGCACUAUUUCGUUUGGCCAGGCUGAGCUGCAAGCUUUCUCAGCGCUGACCGCUAAGCCAAUCCUCAUAGCACAUCACUUCCCGCUGUGAAGCCAGUCUUCCAAAAUCAGGCAGAGUUUUGUGUGUGUCAGGCUGUUUGUGCAAGUUUGUUGGUUGGGUCUGCAAGACACAGGAAAGAUGGCAGGAAGUGACGAGCUGAUGGAUGUAGUGAAUGCAUUGAGAGAAGAGGUCUCAUCGACAAAACGGGAGCUGGCAUUGACUAAAGAGGAGCUGGUAGCAACGAAAGGAGAGCUGGCUGCAAUAAAAGGGGAGCUGGCAGAAAUGAAGAUUCUGAGAAUUCUAAGGGACAUUAACUGUACAUCGGACGACCCGGAUUUGCAUUUCAGAAACGUCUACCUCUUAAACUCAAUCGUCGACCACUUCGGCAUUAUGACCCAUUUGAAGUGGAUUGACCUUGAAGGAUCCACAGGCUUUGGCCCAGGCAUCCAACACCUGUUCAGGCUGCCACGGCUGGAGAAGCUGAAUCUGGGGGAGACAGACAUUCAGGACAAUGGCCUGGAAGGCAUUGAUGCUGCGGGCAGCCUGGAGUAUCUGAGCCUCAGUGGCACGGAUGUGAGUGCUGCUGGCCUGCGACACCUGUCAAGCCUCUCCUCGCUGAGGACUCUUGAGCUUGAUAGUUGCUGGUUGGUCACAUCUGCUGGCAUGUUCUGUUUAAGAAAGCUCACUGGGCUGGAAUCGCUCCAUCUAGGUGGUACAGCAGUGAAGGAUGAUGGGCUGAAGUACUUGACCUCCCUGACCAAGCUGAAAGAGCUGGGGUUACCUGCUGGAAUUACGGAUGCUGGCAUGGAGCAUGUCAAGCACCUGACAGCCUUGGAACAGUUGGAUUUGAGGGACUGUAGGCUGGUGACUCAGACAGGUGUGGAGUGCUUGAAAAGCUUACCACGGCUGAGGUAAGUAGCAACAGAGGUGGGAGGCUCGAAUCUCCUGUGAAAUCCAUGCUUCCUGGAGUGUUAGUGGUUGACUUUCUGACCGGUGUGAUAGGCUGUACUUCAGGCACUUGACAUUGAAUAUUGUAAGAUAGAUGUAUGAGUAAUGUAGUCAUCAAGCAAUGCCACAUUGCGCGUAUCGUUGACUAGC